AGAUGUUUUGAAGAAUGUGGAAAAACUCGCUUGUUGAUAUAACGAGACGAGCUGGCAGAAAAACAGCUCUGCCUCAACUUCAGAAAACCGUGAAAACCGUCCUCGCAGAUGGGCGGGUGUCACAGGCAUCUGCGCUGAGCAGCGCACAUCCGAUCUUCUCCCCAGCGUCAGAGGCUCUGCAUGUUUCCCAGAGUGACUAUCAGCAUCAGCUCAAGAGCAGCAUUUUGCAAUCAUCCUUGGAAAAUGACAAGCCGUUACUUAGAACAGCAGACCAUAGCGAUGCGUUGCUUCGGCAAACAGAACACUUGCCGUUUUCAUACGCACAAGAAGCGUUCUGUGCAUUAAUGAAAGCAGGUGAAGUCCAACUUGCACUUCAGCUCGUUUCGUUUUGGCAGCAAGGCGACAGGAUCACCAGUGUGCGGCUGUCUCGUCGGAAGGUGACAAAAGAGCUCCGUAAAACAAUUCAAGUGCUGGAGAAGUUGAAGGACUCCACAACGUUAAAGGCGCUUAUUAAUAUUCUCAGUGAUUCGCUGAAAGAGCAAGUCUUUGCGCAAAAGAUGUCAUUGCAUGCAGUGGCUUUGACCCAUUCCCGAAGUGGUUCUCCUCGUGUGCAAUACAAGCUUUUUGCCCCGUUAGGUGCCGUAGCAACAUCUGAUAUCCUUGUUUGUGCCGUCGAGGCCGCCUGUCGCUUAGGGAAAAAGGAAGGAAUGUCGGCCUUCGAGAAAAUUCUGUUAGCUGAUCAAUGCGCAAGCUCCACUAUUAGCGAAGUACUUCCAAGUGGAACUCCACGAUUGCCUUUUCCUUUAUAUAGGCAAAUUGAAACCUUACGAGUAGAAGAAAACCUGGAUGAUCGUUUUAUCCAUCAAGUGUGCCCUGAUAUUGCGAGCAAAUUAGUGCAUCCGUCUCAUUACCGCAUAAUCGACAUUCUUUCACUCAGCAUCGACGAAGCAAAGUACAUCGACAGCAACUGGAAAAUACAAGAAAUACUUUCGGCCUCCUCCGUUAGUUCUGAUGCACCUUCCAAUGCCUGGUGUCGUGUUGCGCGUCGAGUUCUUCCGCAGUCGCCGUCGCUGCAGAGCGUAGAGGAGAAGCAGCUAUUAAUCUCAUUAAUCAGUCACAAAACCCAACGUGCGGAGGUUUUACAGGAUCAGACAUGGAUGAAUUUACGGUCUCGUGUUAUUAAGCUGUUGAAGAACUCAAAGCAACCCGUACGACGAUUUACGGCAGCAGCGUUGCUUAAUUGCAAGCACCUUGUGACAAGCUUGAAAAUAUCUCCUGUCGAAAUCGGAUCGGUAUACGCACAAUCGUUUUACUCAAAAGGACGCGUUGACCCCGCACUGUGCGCAUUCUGCGACUUUGCUGUCCGCCGUCUUUGUCGAAACGGCCGAUACCGGGACGCGGCACGCCUUGCGUGGAAUCACCUGUCAGUUGAAUGUCCUGCCACGAAAAGCCUUUUCCACGCUAGCUCCACCGCAGUCGAUUUCGCUGUGCUUUCAAUGAGUCGAGCCAUGCGCGAUGAGGUAGCGAAAGGAAAUGCACAAAACUGGAUGGGGUACAGGUCUCUUGCCUUGCUUCGUCUCGCCGCCGUUUCUGGUAACAGCGUCACGGUGCUGCAUUGUGUGCCAAUAUGUGUGAACGCAAUGAAUUGCGGUGUUCCUUUUGCUGCCAUCAAGCAAGCUUUGUCCUGCGUUUUCAGCAGCGACGACGCACAAAGAAAAUGGGCUGUUAACUUGGUUCGCCUUUGUUCACAAAACGAAAUUGUGCCAGCGCAGCUUUUGCCGACUCGCCGUGGUGUUUCUUCCGACUUCCGCAAACUCCUCACCAGUGUUUGCGGGGCGAAAGCAAAUUUGAAUGACGGACUGCUCGUUCACAGUCCUUCCCGCAGGAGGCAAAUCGCACUGUGGGAAACUGUCACUGAUCCGGAAGUGAAUCCCCGCCUAAAUGCACUCACGCUGGCAACGUUUUUAAGCGAGGAUGUUCGCAGUGAUAUUCUGAACUGCUCGUUUUUGUUGCAUUCUCCAAAAAGCGCACUUGGAGACGAUUUUGCACGCAGUCCUGCUCCCACUGUAGACGAUAUUUGGAGUUGGGAAGUGGCUGCGUCCAUAGCUUCGAACUGCACGACGCCGGAAAGCUAUCGGAGCUUUCUCAAGUGCUUAAAGCAACGUAAACCGAAGUUACCCGUUGGCUGCUCAACUGAUUUGGAUUAUUUUUCCGCCGUUAUGUCAAGUGAACUAGAGGGCCACGACCUGGCGAACGUAAAGACAAUGGUCACAGAAAAGUAA